CUGCGCGCGUGCUUUAAUUCCAGCAGCUCGUCACCACCACGGCGCGGGACGAAUCAUGUCAACAAAUGGUGGUGCUUGCAGCUGAGGCCGAUGGCUUUGAUUCAUUCACUGUCUUUAAGAGUAGAAUAUUUAAGGUCAUUUGAAUAGUGUCUGAAUUGGAAACAGCUCAUGUAUCCCCAACGCUCCACCAGACUGAAGAGGUCCAUCCAGAAGAGCCCUCAGAGAAGUCGCAGCCCUGAUGAAGACGUUACCCAGCACAAGUUGAGGGGUAAGAGACCAAAGACGGGGCGGAGGAGGAACAAAGUUGGUGAUGGCGCAGUCACUAUAGAUGAGAGAAGCAAUCAAGACAUCAGUGAUGCGGGUGGUGUAAACCAUGUUGCUAAGGAGGAUGAGGGAUCAAUCAUAGUGUUGGCUGAUUAUGGAAUAGAGUCGGAUGAAGACUCUGGCUCCGUCAACAGUAGCAUAGUUUCUGGUCCUUCUUUCUUGUCUCACACCACUCCCAAGGAGAGGGGGACGUCACUGCACAUGUGCUCAGCCUGUCUGAAGCUCUACCACAAAGCAGAGAAGAUGAACGUGCCAAUGAAAGACAAACUCUUAGACAAUGAUCCCAUGUCCCUGACAUGUGAUCAGUGGGUGCUGAUGAAAAAGUGGAGACCCAGAAGAAUGUCUAAAACAAGAGGGACACUUUUGAUCCAUAUACAGCUGGUGAAGAAAGGUGUGAAGCAAAGUGAGCAGCACAAGGUGGAGUCAUCAGUGUGCUUGAGGUCACACACUUUCCUCCAAAGGAACCUCCGGCGUUGUAAGAGAGUGCCAGUGAAGAAGGGGAAGAAGAGAAGGAAGAGGCGGACAGAUGACUCUCAGGGUUCUCGCGUUGCGAAGCAGCCGCGUCUGCGCAGCAACAAAGGUCGACACGGGCGCAUCAGUAAUAGCUCUGCAGAUGACGGCAGCCUUAAUAAGAGCUGCAGUCAUAGUAGCCACGAAGAGGUGAACUAUCAAGCAGACACACGUGUGACUGUCGAGAUGAAUCCCUGCACAGUCGCUCUGGAAACCACCAACGCAAAACGGAACACACUAGAGAAGAAGACGAGUGGAUUCAGAGACUUGCUGGCCCAGCUCCGUGGAAGCAGCAGCAUAAUUGUCAGAGAAACACGUUGAUGAGGUGACUUUUACCCACUAAUAUUAAUCCACUGAUGUCGCUUUUUACUUUUUUUAUUUUCACUGGCUUAACCCCUCCUAAAAACCAUUUGUCAAUAUAAGUCAGUAAGUCAUACCUGCAGUAUUUAGUUUGCCAUCAAAGAGGAGCAAAGAAUUUACAAUUUUAAAAAGGCUGAAAUCAGAGAACGUGUUUUUAUUUAAAAGCAAACAAAAAAAGCUAAUGCUCGGGUAAUUUUUUUCGUUCAUCAAUUCAAUUCUUUAGCGUAUUCUUGAGGGACGUCCUUUUUUCCUAUAUCGAAAUGUGGUAAGGAAACUUUUGAAAAUUAGUAAUGUAAAUCAUAGAACUCCAGGAACAAAUGUUAACUUGGUAAUAUAAAAAACAAAAAAAACUCUAAUAAAUAAAUACCAAAAUAAGAGGGUUUAAUUUAAUAUAUGCCAACAUACUGCCAGGUUGGGAUUAUUAUUGCUCAUUCUUCAACAGCACCUGUAGUAAAUGAAAAUAAUAUAAAGGCAUGGGUGUCGGCAUCAGUCAGUAUCGGUCCGAUACUGGUCGAACUCACUGGAUUGAAUAUCCGACAGCUAAAAAUGUAAAAUUCAGUACAGCCCACAAAAAUCCCAUAUAUAACGCAUGCUUCACUAUGCGCAGACUGUAAAAAUGUAAAUAAAAAUCAGCAAAA